AUGGCGUUUUAUUGUGACAGAUUGAGAAACACAAAAGACAGUAUAAUGGAUGAACAGUGGACUCAGUGCUGCGAGACAAAAAUACAAAAUGUCUUGCAGUCAUUCGAGAAAAAGCUGUCACAGAACGAAUUUUAUUGCUGCAGCAGUGAUAAUGCUCGAAAGGUUCAAAUCAAAAUCUUCAAGAGGUACUCCUGGAGAUUGAAGCAGAUUAUCAACAUUCUGCUAUACCAACUUGAAGAGACUCACUCAAAAGAUGAAUUGAUACAAGACCUGAAGAAGGACAUUGAGGAUUUGCAGGAACAACAGAAAGACACCGUCAGAAAGAUGGUGGUUAGAGAUGGCAUCAUCCAGAAAUUGAAUAAAGAGAUUGGAACAUUGAGGGGCAAGCACCAGGAAAAACUGGAAGAUGUUCAAAAGCAAGGGGAGACUAUCAGGAAAUUACAGGAAGCACUCACAAAGAGCCAUGUAGAUCUGGAUGCUCUCUGCAAAAAAUCUGAUGAAAAGGUCAGAAGAAGAGAGGAGUCCAUCGAACAGCUACAGGAGGACCUCAUGAAAUCCAGAGCUCAGUACAGUGCUUGUUACAAUGAGGUCAGAAAAAGAGAUGAGUCUAUUAAACAGCUUCAGGAGGACCUGAUGAAAUCUCAAGCUCAGUACCGUGCUUGUUACAAUGAGAAGCUGCAGCAUGAUCAGGAAGCCGCCCUUCAAGAGGUAGAUACAGACAUUCAUUUCUUCAAAAUGAUCAGAAGAAGAGAGGAAACCAUUAAACAGCUACAGGAGGACCUUGCAAAAUCCAAAGCUCAGUAUAGUGCUUAUUACAACAAGACUCGCACAAAAGAUGAAUUGAUACACAACCUGAAGAAGGACAUUGAGGGUUUGCAGGAACAACAGAAAGACACCGUCAGAAAGGUGGUGGUUAGAGAUGACACCAUCCAGAAAUUGAAUAACGAGAUUGGAAAGUUGAAGGGCAAGCAGCAGGAAAACCUUGAAGGUGUUCAACAGCAAGGGGAGACUAUCAAGAAAUUACAGGAAACACCCGAAAAGACCUAUGUAGAUCUGGACGGUGUCUGCAAAUAUUCUGAUGAUGAGGUCAGAAGAAGGGAUGAGUGCAUUGAACAGCUACAGGAGGACCUUGAGGAAUCCAAAACUCAGCACAGUGCUUGUUACAAUGAGCUUUUGGAGAGUCUGACACAGAUUGACAUUCAGUGUGUGAAGAACGAAAAAAACUCAAAAGAAAUCAACCAGCUCCGGGACCAGCUUCAUCAGAUCAAACAGGAACUUGCCAUUUCUCAGGAAAAACACAGAACCUGCCAAAAUGAGACUUACUCAAAAGAUGAAUUGAUAAACAACCUGAAGAAGGACAUUGAGGAUUUGCAGGAACAACAGAAAGAUACCGUCAGAAAGGAGGUGGUUAGAGAUGACACCAUCCAGAAAUUGAAUAACGAGAUUGGAGAGUUGAAGGGCAAGCACCAGGAAAAACUGGAAGGUGUUCAACACCAAGGGGAGACUAUCAGGAAAUUACAGGAAUCACUCAGAAAGAGCCAUGUAGAUCUGGACGCUGUCUGCAAAUAUUUUGAUGAAGAGGUCAGAAGAAGAGAUGAGUGCAUUGAACAGCUACAGGAGGACCUUGAGGAAUCCAAAGCUCAGCACAGUGUUUGUUACAAUGAGACUCGCUCAAAAGAUGAAUUGAUACACAACUUGAAGAAGGACAUUGAGGAUUUGCAGGAACAACAGAAAGACACCGUCAGAAAGGUGGUGGUUAGAGAUGACACCAUCCAGAAAUUGAAUAACGAGAUUGGAGAGUUGAAGGGCAAGCACCAGGAAAAACUGGAAGAAGUACAAAAGAUAGGGGAGACUAUCAGGAAAUUACAGGAAUCACUCAGAAAGAGCCAUGUAGAUUUGGAUGCUGUCUGCAAAUAUUUUGAUGAAGAGGUCAGAAGAAGGGAUGAGUGCAUUAAACAGCUACAGGAGGACCUUGAGGAAUCCAAAGCUCAGUACAGUGCUUGUUACAAUAAGACUCACACAAAAGAUGAAUUGAUACACAACCUGAAGAAGGACAUUGAGGGUUUGCAGGAACAACAGAAAGACACCGUCAGUAAGGUGGUGGUUAGAGAUGACACCAUCCAGAAAUUGAACAACGAAAUUGGAGAGUUGAAGGGCAAACACCAGGAAAAACUAGAAGGUGUCCAACAGCAAGGGGAGACUAUCAAGAAAUUACAGGAAGCACUCGAAAAGAGCCAUGUAGAUCUGGACGCUGUCUGCAAAUAUUUUGAUGAGGAGGUCAGAAGAAGAGAUGAGGUUAUUGAACAGCUACAGGAGGACCUGAUGAAAUCUCAAGCCCAGUGCAGUGCUUGUUACAACGAGACUCACACUAAAGACGAAUUGAUACACAACCUGAAGAAGGACAUUGAGGGUUUGCAGGAACAACAGAAAGACACCGUCAGAAAGGUGGUGGUUAGAGAUGACACCAUCCAGAAAUUGAAUAACGAGAUUGGAGAGUUGAUGGGCAAGCACCAGGAAAAACUGGAAGGUGUCCAAAAGCAAGGGGAGACUAUCAGGAAAUUACAGAAAGCACUGAACCAUGUAAAUCUGGAUGCUGUCCGCAAAUAUUUUGAUGAAGAGGUCAGAAGAAGAGAGGAAACCAUUAAACAGCUACAGGAGGACCUUGAGGAAUCCAAAGCUCAGUACAGUGCUUGCUACAAGGAGACUCACACAAAAGAUGAAUUGAUACACAACCUGAAGAAGGACAUUGAGGGUUUGCAGGAACAACAGAAAGACACCGUCAGAAAGGUGGUGGUUAGAGAUGACACCAUCCAGAAAUUGAAUAACAAGAUUGGAGAGUUGAAGGGCAAGCACCAGGAGAAACUGGAAGAUGUCCAACAGCAAGGGGAGACUAUCAAGAAAUUACAGGAAGCACUCAGAAAGGGCCAUGUAGAUCUGGACACUGUCCGCAAAUAUUAUGAUGAAAAGGUCAGAAGAAGAGAUGAGGUUAUUGAACAGCUACAGGAGGACCUGAUGAAAUCUCAAGCUCAGUACAGUGCUUGUCACAACGAGGUCAGAAGAAGAGAGGAGUCCAUUGAACAGCUACAGGAGGACCUGAUGAAAUCUCAAGCUCAGUUAACACAUCGCAUGUUACAACGAGCUUUUGGAGACACAGAAUGACAUCGUGCAUGAACCAGACCACGGUGUGAAUGAAUGGAAUGACGUGUUGAUGUACAAUCUCAUCAUGGUAGCAUACACUGGUUAAACUGCCCUUCACUAUCACCAAGUCCUUCCAUGUCGAAGACCAUAAUGCUCCUUCUGCCGGAUUGGCAGUGUUGAAAAAAACGCAUGACUGUCACUGCUGUCGAGAUGAAAUCUCGACUCGUCCGUAAACAGAACUUCCGCCUAAUCUCUGCUAAUGAAACAAUGAUGGCUCCUACACCAGGCUAACCUCACAACACAGUGACGCCAGAAUAGAACAGGAUGGAGAGCAGGACAACGAGGACGGAUGUUGACUUCUCGCAAUCUAUUCCUUACGGUACGAGAACUUAUCCAGGGAUGCUUCUAGCGGUCAAAGAAGCCGAUUGGAAUGAUUAUGUAAAUAUGAUGUCCAUAUACAUGUAUCAUGCUGUGACGUCACGCGGGCGUCCUAAUCGUGAGCGGUCCCAAAUGGUGCCACUUUGCUGAUAUUGUCUCCAUAAAGCAUUUACAGUGUUAAUAUGAACCCCAAACUGCCUUGUCACAUCGCUUUGAGACAUUCCAGCUUCCAACAUCCCAAUAGGAUGCAAACAAUCAUUUUCAUUCAUGCAAGGCAUCUCUCAAUUAAAUUUUUAAUA